AUGUUACUGAAAAUAGCUGAACCACUUGCCGAUGAAACAACGAGCAAGAGAAUUCUAAAGGAAGUAAUAAAGGCAGAUACCAAUCUGAUAUCCGGUAUAAAAGCAUGCACUAAGCAAAUCACAGCCAUUGAAUCCAAUAAGUCCAUUUUUGUCAUAAAUGGCACUACUCAGCCUGCUGAUCUGGUAAUGCACCUUCCUGCACUAUGUGAAGAGCAUUCUAUCCCGUAUAUAUUCGUAGAAGACAGCAAAUGGAUUGGAAACAAAACAUGUGUCUUAUUGAAUGAUAUUGGUGAUGAAAAAUACACCAAAAUAUUCAAGCACUGUCAAACUAAGCCUGAAUAA